UUCCAGUUCUUGUUGUACUGAACGGUCCUUUUGCGCAUUAGUCAAGGAUCAGAUGUCGGAUCAACAUGUCCGACGUGUUCACCUUAUCCGACACCGGAGAUUUCUUCGUUUCCACAAGUGUUCAGAACACGUUUAAUGAGAACGGAUAUGUCAUUGUACGCGGCUUAAUCACGAAAGAUGAGAUAACCAAAGUGAAGGAUUGCAUUGAGCAGAGUGAAGACAUCAAAGCUAAUGCCUUUGGAAGAGCAGAUGCUAAUGGACGAACCAGCCGGCUUUGUGUGUGGAAUCGAGCUGGGAACGAUGUGAGCGGAAUAUUGGCCAGGAUCCAAAAAGUAGCUGGCACAAUGCAACAACUCUUGGGCGGAGACGAAAUCUAUCACUACCAUUCCAAGCUAAUGAUGAAGGAGGCCAGAACCGGCGGAGCUUUUGUUUGGCACCAAGAUUACGGCUACUGGUACAACAAUGGUUGCAUGUUGCCUGAAAUGGGCUCCAUUUUCAUUCCCAUUGACAAGUGUGUGAAAGAAAAUGGAUGUCUCCAAGUGCUCAAAGGAAGCCACAAGAUGGGUCGCAUUGGACAUGCUCUCACUGGGGACCAAGCUGGAGCCGAUUUGGAACGGGUGGGAAUGGCCAAAACACUCUUUGAAUUGGUCCACGUGGAAUUGGAUCCAGGGGAUGUUCUCUUCUUUCAUUGUAACCUUCUACAUACAAGCUCUCAGAACAACAGCGAUUUACGGCGCUAUGUUAUAAUUACCAGUGUGAACAAGCGGAAGAACAACCCUCUGCAAGAGCACCACCAUCCUCAGUACCAUCCCUUGAAGAUGUUGCCUAAUUCGGCUUUACUGGAAUGCGAUUUGUUCACCUCAACCGAGGAUAAAGGCUUCAUGGAUCCCACUGAGGAUGCGAGUCAUAAGAUUAAGAACCUCAAGUCCUAAUCACCCACACUGACCAGAAAUAUAAACCCCAUGUGCCUAAA